AUGGCCUGAAAUGCAGAAAAGGCCAUGACGGCCUGUGAGUUUCGCCAAGCUCGACUGGAAGAGGGAAAAGUAAAGGAACGAAGGCCCUUUCUUGCCUCAGAAUGUACCAAGCUGCCCAAGGCUGAGAAGUGGAGACGACAGAUUAUUGGAGAGAUCUCUAAAAAAGUAGCUCAAAUUCAAAAUGCUGGUCUAGGUGAAUUCCGAAUUCGUGAUCUGAAUGAUGAAAUUAACAAACUGCUAAGAGAAAAAGGACACUGGGAGGUCCGGAUAAAGGAGCUGGGUGGCCCUGAUUAUGGGAAAGUUGGCCCUAAAAUGCUGGAUCAUGAAGGGAAAGAAGUCCCAGGAAACCGAGGUUACAAAUAUUUUGGAGCAGCCAAGGAUUUGCCUGGUGUUAGAGAGCUAUUUGAAAAAGAGCCUCUUCCCCCUCCAAGAAAGACACGAGCUGAACUCAUGAAAGCAAUCGAUUUUGAGUACUACGGUUACCUUGAUGAAGAUGACGGUGUUAUUGUGCCUUUGGAACAGGAGUAUGAAAAGAAAUUCAGAGCUGAAUUAGUGGAGAAGUGGAAAGUUGAGAGAGAGGCCCGGCUUGCAAGAGGAGAAAAAGCAGAAGAGGAAGAGGAGGAAGAAGAGAUCAACAUCUAUGCUGUCAACAAGGAAGAGUCUGAUGAGGAGGGCAGCCAGAAAAAAGGAGGGGAAGAUGGGCAGCAGAAGUUCAUCGCUCAUGUGCCAGUGCCAUCCCAGCAAGAGAUCGAGGAGGCACUUGUACGCAGGAAGAAGAUGGAACUCCUCCAGAAGUAUGCAAGUGAGACCCUGCAGGCACAGAGUGAAGAAGCCAAAAGGCUCCUGGGAUAUUAACACCCGGCCAGGCCGAUGUGUGGAGUCUGGAGGAUCUUGUGGGAGUCCUUCU